AUGAGUAAUCAUUCUAAGAGAUCAACUCUCAUGAAAUGCAAUACUAUGAAGGCACCCAAAUAAUUGAGGAAAGCCAAAUCUUUUUAUUCAUAGGCUGAAACCUUUCAACUUAGUAAUCAAGUUGAUGGAACUGAUGAAAAAUUGAAGAAAUUAGAGUAAUCAUUCCAUAACCAAUCCGAUUAUAAGAUUAUGCAAUCUUAAACAAGAUUUAAUAAGACUUUGUCAGUUCAUAAAAAAAACAAUAUUGUUGCUGAGACAAUUAUUCCAGAAUGGUUGAAAUCUCGAAAGGAUUUUCAAUAAAUUUGUUAUACAGAAACUAUAAAUGAUUUACUGUCUGUUCCCAAGAUAAUUUUGAAAUAGCAAAGAAACACAAUUGAAGAUUAAAAGAUAAAAGAUUGGAUUCAAAAUAAAGUUUAUGGAUUACCUGAUGAACUUUAUAAGGAUAUCACCUAAAUUAUGACUACCAGAGUUUUUGCAUUCGAAGAAAUCUUUGACGUCGAUCACAACAUCACUGUCUUGUAUGAAGGCAAAGUCUAGAGGGUCAAUAAAGAUCUAGGCUUCCCAAUUAAUGGUCCUCCCAUUAAAGUGGGCGAAUUCUUGAGUGAUGAAUAUCUCUACAUGGUUAAGACUGAUGUCAUUAUUGUAGAAAUACCCAAGAUUGAAUUGAUGCAACUCAUGGAUGGAUUCAAAAUUUCAAAAUUAGAAUAAUUUGUAUAACAAAUGAAGUAAUUUCCUGCUUUCAAAUCCAUCAAGAAAAAUAGCUUACACAAAAUCAUUACGAGGGGACAAUUGCAAUUGAUCAUCAAGAAUUAUUAAAGGUUUUAAAGGGCUUCCAAUUAGGAGUACUUAAACAUUCUCUUCUAUGGCAAAUUACAACUGAAUCUCAGAAAACUCAUCAGCAAAAUGAAUAAAUGGCCUAUUGCUUAGAAUUAGUGGGAAACCAAAACCUAUUAUUAAUAUUAGGAUAGGAUUUUAGAACUAGAAUCCCUUAAUUGUUUUGGACUCACAGAUGAUUAAUACACUAUAUCGACAAAGGAGAGUUGUGUUCUAUUGUAAAUUAGAAGAAAUAUUUUAGAAACAAUUCUGACAACAGAAUAGAUAAAUGAUUUGAAAUAAUCAAUUGAUAUAUUCAAAAAGGAAUCUAAAAGUCAAUGGAGAGAACGAAUGAGAAGAAAGUUUGAUUAGGAACUAAUACAAUAGAAACUACGCAUGGAAAAAGUAAUGAUUGCUUUGCUAAAUAAUUGA